AUGAAUACUUCGGCUAUAUCUCCUUUAUUGGUGCAUUCAAAAUCGGAUUCAGUUGAAGUUCGGGCUCUGAAAGAGCUACUGGCUAAUGUAUCCUGUGGCUCCAAUAAUUGUAAUCGUCUUGAUGACAAUAAAUCGAACACUAGAAGGUCACGAAAAUUGUCACAUGUUGCUGCAACUCUAAAAGGAAAUUUAAGACAUUCAAAGGUUCAAACUGAAUGUCAUGUUACUCCUUACUAUGUACCUAGCACAAUAAAAGGUUACGAUAGAUUUGAUUGUAAUAGUCAAAACUUAGUUUGUCCUAUGUGCUUCUUCACUACCCAUGUUUUACGUGGUGACUAUGUUAAAAUUGUAAAAGACGAAAAAUGUGGAACUGAAUUAUCAAUAUCAACUUCUGAUAAGGGUACAGAAAGAAAUGUAAAUUAUUUAGAAAAAUCGACUUCAAAUACAUCAGUUUUGCCACUGUUUUCCUAUGAAAUGAAUGGUUAUACAAGUUCUAGCGAUUCGAGCGGUUCAUGUCGGUAUCAUUGCCAAAGGAACCCAAGAAAAGGCGUAUAUGAUAGAUCUAAUGCCCCGCUUCCCGAAGAGAAUUGCUUCAUAGAGGAAAAUACAACUUCUCCUCGAUGUUGUGUGGAAAUGGAAAAUUUUAUCAACUGCAUAAGACCACCUAUUGCUGGCAACUGUUUGCCAACUGAUAUUUUAAUGUAA